AUGUUAUUAUUAUCCUAGCGAUACUCAACAUAAUUAGAAGAAUUAGAAACUAUGAAGGCAUCGAUACAAGGAUAGCAAUCUUCUCAUUCUAGAAAUCUUUCAAAUGAAAGACCAUUAAAUUAAUAGAGAUAAUUGUAGUUCUCUAUGGAAAAUCCAAGACAUAAAAACAAAGUACAAUCAUACUCUGUUGAAAAAUAAGUAAAAAUAAAAGAAUAUUAUUUUAGUUGAAUUUAAGUUCAUAAAACCAAAAAGUUGAAAAUUUGAUUGCUUCUUGGAUGCAUUAGAAAAAUUCAUAAUCUUUAAAUUCAACUUAAAAUGUAUUUGUACCUUCUAAAGUAAUUAAUGAUGUUCGUUCAGCUUAAUAACUUGAAAAUCAAAAUAAAGAACUCAAUAAACCUCAUAUCAUUAUGGAGGAGGAUGCAUUGUUUACAGAAGAAACUGAGAAUUAACCUAAUAUUCAAAACAAUAAAAACAAUCAGUCUAAAAUUCCUGUCCAUUUGAUUGUUCCUACAAAAAAUCAUAAAGAUAUAUGUAUUAAAUUCUUAAUGAAGAAAGUCAAGAAAUAAAGAAAGUUAAUAAAGGAAAGAAAUAAUAUAACCAAAGACCAUAAACUACUAAAAUUAAUCAAGGUAAUUAGGCAAAAUCAUCACCUUUUGUGUUUAAGGAACAAUUUAUAUCAAAUUCUAUGAAAAUGUCUCAGAUUGAUUAAUCCAAACUCAAUAAUCAAUUUAAUGGAACCAAUACUUAACAUAAUAAAAAUAAAUAAUAAUAUUCAUUUAAAUAAGUCAAGAAAAGUAGUGCAAGCAUCCAUGAAGAAAAUCUAUAAGAAAAUUAAUUCAUUUCAGACUUAUUAAGAUUAAAAGAACAGAUUUUAUCUACAUACUUAAAAUAAAAUCGAGCUCUAAUAGGUUCUUAAAAUUAAAUCGUUAAGUAUAUCAGUGUAAUAAAAUUAGAAAUUUUGAUGAAAUUGUAUCUAUUAUAAAGUAGGAUUUCCCAAAAUGAAAAUAUAUAUAUAAAUAUUAAAUAUUAUAAUUUUACAUUUAAAAUUUUUGAGUUGAUUCAUAAAUUCUUAAUUUUCUUCUAUUUUGGCUAUCUUUCCUUAAAAUGA